ACUAGAGGCAAGCAUCGACAGGCGUUUAUUUGUCAUUUUCUACCCGAGUUUUUAAGAGUUGCUCGUCUGCGAUUCUUGACAUCACACUGAUGGUCUUUACUUCUGCGCGCUCCACCCCGCCUGCCUGCCGGAGCGGAGGAGCGCUGGACCAGAGAGACGCACAGGGAGGGGAGAGCAGAGCGGGCUGAUGAUGACAGCGGCUGUGGCGAGUCUCACUCCGCCAAUUCAAAACUGUAGAAGCAGCUCAGACACAACUUAAUGAAAAGAACGCCGGUUAUUGUAGUUGGAUAGAGUUGGUUUGUGGAGAGCACAGAUCCACUGCAUGCCCAUCUGCGCUCGCUCGCUUCGUAGUCCUUGUUUAGGGAUCUACAGCUGCUGGUUUCAAGUGUAUUUAUGCGUGAGAGAUCAUUUGUGCAGAGUGAUGGCAGGUCGCUAGCAGUGUCAACGAGGUUGUCAGUGCAUGUCUUGUUACUUCUCUGCACCCCCGCUGAGCAUUUCCCACAUCUUGACUCUUGACAAUGAUCGCUGAAGGUCACGUUUCUGCGCGACGCACUUGUCCCAGUAUUGUGCAUCUUUUCUUUUGCGACCGUGACUUGAUUUACAGAUAACUUUUUAAAAUCUGAACUCAUCCAACCGGCACUGAAACGCAGCAGGGAUGAUAUUUACUCAUGCGUUUUGACCCGUAGACUAGUUUUAGUCCACUUUAAAGCCAAGACAAAACCGCACUAUGACUCGGUCAAAACUUUGCUCUGCGCUCCUGCGGACGAUCCAGUGAGAAGUGUCAGAUCAUAUGUAGUUUAAUCGUGUCUUCCUGAAGAUGUUAGGAAGCCCGUCAAACAACGGCGGCAUCAGAAUGCUGGUGCCCCCGGCUUCGAACGACGACAGGCGGGUAGAGUUUGUGGCUCUCACCGCUGUCCACACGGAGAGAAGCGAGCCGUCCACCCCGGAGCGCGGACACCCGUCUCACCGCACAGGUCUGCUGGGCACCCCGCUGCCCGGGCCGCCGGGACCCCGGGCCAACACGUCCGCCUCGAGCAAACGCUACAGAAAGUUGCAAAACUGUCUGUACAACGUGCUGGAAAGACCAAGAGGAUGCGCAUUCAUCUACCACGCAUUCAUUUUUCUGCUGGUGUUCAGCUGCUUGGUGUUGUCCGUGUUCUCCACCAUCCCUGACCACCAGAAGUUCGCCAACCAAGGCCUCUUCAUCCUGGAGUUUGUGAUGAUUGUGGUGUUUGGGUUGGAGUACUUUAUCAGGAUCUGGGCGGCUGGCUGUUGCUGCAGAUACCGUGGAUGGCAGGGACGGCUGAGAUUUGCCAGGAAGCCCUUUUGUGUCAUAGACUUCAUAGUAUUUGUGGCGUCAUUGGCAGUGAUAGCAGCAGGAACACAGGGCAACAUCUUUGCCACAUCAGCCUUGCGCAGCAUGCGCUUUCUGCAGAUCUUGCGUAUGGUGCGAAUGGACAGACGGGGAGGCACCUGGAAACUACUGGGCUCAGUGGUUUACGCUCACAGCAAGGAGUUGAUUACAGCCUGGUACAUAGGUUUCCUGGUCCUGAUCUUUGCCUCCUUCCUUGUCUACCUGGCAGAGAAAGACAUCAACUCAGACUUCAACACCUAUGCAGACUCCCUCUGGUGGGGGACUAUUACUCUAACCACUAUUGGCUAUGGUGAUAAGACACCUCGUACCUGGCAGGGGCGGCUCCUUGCUGCUGGCUUUGCUCUUCUCGGAGUCUCCUUCUUUGCCCUUCCGGCCGGAAUCCUGGGGUCAGGCUUUGCCUUGAAGGUGCAAGAGCAGCACCGGCAGAAGCACUUUGAGAAGAGGAGGAUGCCUGCUGCCAACCUGAUACAGGCUGCAUGGCGUCUCUACUCUACAGAUGCCAAACACUCAUAUCUAACAGCCACAUGGUACUUCUAUGACAGCAUGUUGCCUUCGUUCAGAGAACUGACGCUACUGUUCAGUCACCUCCAGCGACAGCGUAACACCAAGAAGGUUCUCCACAACUCCUACCACACGCUGCUGUCUGGGCUGCGGCCCUACAGCUCCCCCUACCUGUCGGGGGACAGCAGUAAAAUGGGCUUCCGGGAUCGUAUUAGGAUGAACAAUUCCCGAUCAUCCCAAACCAUUCGGAACAAGGCGUCGCCGCUGCCCAGCGUCCGACGCUCUCCCAGCCAGGAGAAUGACGCAGAGGCCACCAGCCCGGGGAAGGUCCAGAAGAGCUGGAGCUUUAAUGACCGCACACGCUUCCGCACAUCCCUUCGCCUUAAACCACGCCCACCUGCUGAUGUGGAGGGGGUCGGGGAGGACAGUGUGGAAGACAAACCAUAUUGUGACGUGGCCAUGGAGGAGGUAAUCCCAGCAGUGAAGACACUCAUACGGGCUGUCAGGAUCUUAAAGUUCCUCGUGGCCAAGAGGAAGUUUAAGGAGACACUGCGUCCGUAUGAUGUGAAAGACGUCAUAGAGCAGUACUCUGCUGGACACCUGGAUAUGCUGGGCCGUAUCAAGAGCCUGCAGAUGCGGGUGGAUCAGAUAAUUGGACGAGGAGCUGUGCAGCCCGAUAAGAAGACGCGCCCUGAGAAGGGAGAGAAAACGCCACCAGAACUGGACCCACUGGAUGAGCUAAGCAUGAUGGGACGUGUAGUCAAGGUGGAGAAACAGGUUCAGUCUAUAGAGAACAAGCUGGACCUCCUGCUCAGCUUUUACUCCCAGUGCCUAAAGAAAGGCUCAUCCAACUUCACCCUGUCCACCCUCCUGGACCCCGACCUGACAUCUGACUACCACAGCCCUACGGACCAAAGAGACCUCUUCCCCUCUGCCAACACGCUCAACAUCUCCAUGUCUGAGAGCGGCAACUUGGAAUGACAGUGAGCUGAGCAGUCCCAGGGCUGUUCGAACAUAGACACAAACCCUUUACAGUACGUCCUUCUGCGGCUGAGUCCUCACUUCAAGCAGCCCGACCUUAAUCUCUUCUUUUUCCACUUCAUUUCAUAAGUGUCUGGGAUGACUUUUACCCCUCCAUCUCAAAUCUGCUCUCCUCACCUCUUUUUCCUGAAGUGAAUGUGUUCCAAAGCUGAUACAGACAGAGGCCACCAGAUGGCUCCACCUGACAAGGCCAAAGCUGCUCACCGCACACGCCUCUGAACCCACUAGAUGAGGCUGGAGAUGAAGAGAGAGGACACAUGGACGACUGUGACUUGACUACUGAACCACUUUCACUCACUCACCUCAUGCUAUUUAUCUACGCCUACUUUAAAGCUUCACCUGUAGAUAAUCAGACUUUGGAUUUUGAUAGAUCUUUGGAGAAGUCUUUCCCCCAUCAUCAUCAUUUCUUUUCUUCUUUUUUUUCUUGGCUGCUUGAAUCAACUGACUGAGAGUUUGCUGACUCAGUUGACGCAGACAGUGCUGCAAGUGCCAUGCCAGUCAUUUGUCCAGUACCUUAAGAUGGCAUUGCAGUUAUUGAUACUGUAAUGAAUAUAAUGGCUCCUACCUGCAUUUUCGCAUUCACGCCACCAUACGAAUAAAAAAUAAGCAGUAAAGAAGCCGUCGACACAGAAAUAAUCUGCUCCCUCAGACCUGGACGGGCAGACUGGGCCGACAGCCAUCUCGCCAAAGCACCAAACCUCCACGGUACACCUUCCCACCCAAACAAGGGAGUUUUAAAUAUGUAAAUCCUUGCUUUAAAUGCCCAAAAAGAGCUGGGAGAAUGUGUCGGGGGUGACUGAUGUGUACUGUACAUUCACUGUUGUUUGUUUUCAUCUCCAUUCUCUCUCUCAGACUUCCUGUCUUCAACAAGCCCACUUGCAAAAAAACAACAAAAACAACUUAUUCCCUGUUUGGAUGGCAUUCAAGUGAGGAAUGUUCCGACUUAUUUAGGAUUUACUAGAGCCAAAAUGUCCUCUCACCCGUCCAAAAUCCCUUCUUUGCAAUGUUUCAAAGGCUGUCGUAGCUCCUUGAGUAUUUCAGUAACUUAACUUUGUGUCUCUGUCUUGCAGCCCACCCCUCCAGACAUGCAUGAUCCUCAGACCCGUCCUGUAGAUAAAACCUCACUGAUCCCCAGUCAGAAUUCAGACAUUUAUGUCACGUUUUUUGCACCACUCCUCAUCACUCGCGUCUAGCCUCAGGUCAGGCAGUCAGUAAUACUUCACAGCCUUUCUUACAGGAGGAUAGUUCUCACUCUGUUACUACUCUCUCUUGCAGUCAGCAGCUGUGGACAACAAUGUAGAGACUUUUUGGCCAGUUUGAUGCAGUUUUAAACAAUGAACAUUUAAGGCGUCCAGGUCUAACGCAUGAAUUCCAGGCCAUUAUCCUCAUGAAUGCACGUGUCUUAGGAAAUGGUUCCAGCCUUACAGCUACACAACAGACGGACCGUGUGCAGCGUUGAGGCUCCAGUCGCCACCCUUAGCUAUUACUGACUAUGAUCGCCAGCCCACUUUACUCUCUGCUGUCUUUUCUGGUUCUUUCUUGGACAUGUUUGAUGCACAGUAAAUAAAUGCUCUGUGCUUGUGGACAAAACUGGAGAGUGCACAAAUGCACACACAAACACACACAAACACUCACACAUAUACACACACACACACACACACACAAUGAAAGCAACUCCUUUACUUAAAUACUUUGGCACUUGAUAAAUAUAACACAUUUUUGUCCUGUACAAUUUUACCUUUUUGUUUCUAAUUUCUUUACUGUAAUAAUGUUCAUGCACUCGAUUUUGUGUAACCUAUAAUGGCAAAUUUCUAUUUUUUUUUAGAAUGAUUUUGGUUGUUAAAGUGACUGUAGGGUUUAAGUUAAUAUAUUUAAUUCAGUUAGAUACAAUCUUUGAAUAAAUGUAGCAUUUUCUGUCAAGUUGAAUCAUGGAUGACACAACUGUAACUACACACAGCUGAUCAGGUUCACACUCACAACUCGCAGAGCUCAUAUGUAUAUUUUUUUAAUGUCAUCAGAUGAUUGCUGCCAGCUUCAAGAAAAAACAUUCACUCUACUGUAUUUGGCCAGUGAAAACAGUUUGUCUCUCCCUGCAAGUGAUUAAUUUAUUUGGUCCAGUCAAGCCAGUUGACUCAGGUGCUCCACUUUUCCAUUCAAGCCAAGCCUAGACUUCAAACAGUGAAUGUAUUUCAUUGCUCACUCUUUUUAGAUCUAUUAAUGAUCUGAUGCUCUCGCUGCCAUGGGGAAUAAAAUGGCAAAACUAUGCUCGCUGUCGGCAUCAUACAAUCUUUGCAUUCAUUUCAUAGAGAAAUGCUAGGUCGCUUUAUACUUUGUCUACUUAAAGAAGUCUACUUAUUAGAGGCAGUAUUAGACUGAACACGUCAUUGUCACCUGGAAUGUUGCGCUCCAUGAAAAUGUACGUGAGACCACUGUAUUGCAUGUUGUUGUUAGUGGUGGCCCCAGUGUUAGAAGAAAAAAAUAUAUAUCUUAAGGAUGUCUCCUGUAAAGUCUUGAGUCAAGACAUGAAAGGAAAUGACCUGUGCCUUCUAUGUCCUCGUUCUGUAUCUGAUAUGGAUCCGUCUCAAACUUAAAUGCUGCUUUGAAGAGAACACUAUUAGGGGUAUCACAUGCUCUUAAUUUUUUGCAAAACUUUGAUCCAACUAAAGAAACAGCACCAAAAUUGUUCUGAACAUGUAAUUUUAGGAUUUAGGGUGCUGCAACCUUUGAUAUUUUCUGAGAAUAUUACUGUAUGUUUAGCAUAUCAUUGUAAGUCUACCAGGACCUCCUCACAUCAACACACUUACUGUAACACCAGUCAGAUCUGGAGGCUGGAGGCAUGGACAUUCGUGUCGUCACAGGAAACUCUGCAGGCAUGUGUCCUUCCAUAAGCAUGUCACAUAGAGAAAUAUGGCUUCCACACAACUACCUCUGAGGCCACUAGGGGGCGCUAGUCUAGAAAACCGAGUAUGAGAAAAAGUAACCGAUUGUCUAACUGACUGAAUGCUAUGCAUGUCUCAAUCUGCACGUUCUCUUUUCUCUUUUUUUCACUCUUCUUCACGACGCCCGACUAUCCAUCGUUCACUGACUUGCUGCCAUUUGACAUUCCAGCUCGUUGCCCUUUAACUGCUCUCUUAGGUAUUGGAACUGUUGUUAAAAUAAAACACAAACUGAUCAAAGCAAUAAGCAAAAUGCUAAGCCAACAAAGUCUUCCAAUUCCAAUUGAUGUAGCUACUGGUUGAUGAAAUAUGGCGCUCAUUUUAUUUUCUAAUCUAAUGUACACCUCUAUUUGAUCUUUUAAAGAGAUACAAAAAUGUGUAUCUGAUGAGGAUAAAAUUAGCUCACUUGACUAAUUUAUUAAUUUAUUUGUUUCAAUAAAGCUCUUUGGA